AUGGCACCAGACAAAAUGAAAGCGAUCAAGAUUGUUGAGGGCAACAAGGCAGAAUUGCAAGAGGUUCCGGUCCCGAAGCUGAGAGAUGAUUAUGUUCUUGUCAAAGUCAGUGCUGUCGCGUUGAAUCCUACGGAUUGGUAUGUAUCCCCUCUUGAUGGUUACCAUCCGGGAACUGCAGCUGAUGAGGGUUGCCGUGUAGGAAACACAUUGAUAUGAUCGGCAAGCCUGGAUGCACCGUAGGAGUUGACAUGUGUGGAACGAUCGAAGAGAUUGGAUCAGCUGUCACGAGACAGUGGAAGAAGGGGGAUCGAAUUGCGAAUUUCUGCCACGGAGGGAAUGAGAGUCAGCCGGAGGAUGGGUGUUUCGCAGAAUAUUGCGUGUCAAAAGGCGAUCUCGGAUUGAACGUAAGUCCCCCCCAACCAAACUCAAGCCACGUCAAUGCUCAGUGUCUGUCGAAAAGGUCCCCGAAACCAUGUCCGACGAAGACGCCGCAACCCUUGGAGCAGGCAUAAUAACCUGCGGCCAAGCCCUCUACCAAAGCCUCGACCUGCCCCUCCCGGGCGACGGAUUCGAGAAAUACAACAAUUACAUCCUCAUCUACGGCGGGAGCACCGCAACCGGCACCCUCGCCAUCCAAUUCGCAAUUCUAUCCGGUUGUAAAGUCCUCGCCACCGCGUCCCAGCACAACCAUCCCCUGCUCAAAGCCCUCGGCGCGGAAGAAGUCUUCGACUACAAAGACCCCGCCUGCGCCCAGAAAAUCAGAGAGUACACCCACGACUCCCUCAAGCUCGCCCUCGACUGCAUCGCCGAAGGCGACUCGACCAAAAUCUGCGAAGAAGCCAUCUCUUCCAAGCAAGGCGGCUCGAUCUGCUACCUCCUCCCCACCGCCAAACACACGCGCGAAGAUGUAAAGUCCAUUAAGACCCUCGGGUACACCGUCAACGGCGAAGCCUUCGACAAGUUUGGCAAGCAUUUCGAGGCGCGACCGGACGAUUUCGAAUUCUGUAAGAAGUUCUGGGCGAUUGCGCAGCAGCUGGUGAAUGCGGGACAGAUUGCGCCGCAUCCUGCUAAAGUGGGACCGGACGGGUUGAAAGGGGUGUUUGAGGGGUUGCAGGAGUUUAGGGACGGCAAGGUUAGUGGGAUGAAGUUGGUUUAUAGGGUUGAGGAGACGCCCUAG